AUGGAGGCCUGGACCGGGGUGCUGGAGGAUGGGAGGAGGCAUGUGAGGCCUUACCACGAGGGAGACAGUGGGGAGGAGGCCGAGGGCAGGGAGGUCUCUCAGUGCCUGGGAGGAUUGGGAGGGGGUCAGAGGGGAGAACCCUUCAGCAGUGUGAAGACAGUCACCCAGGUGGUGGCAGGUCCCCAGAUCCCACGCUUUACCACUCCCCCUGCGGCCUUAGUGAGGAAGAAGUGUCCUCAGCCUGCAGCAGCCUGCCUGGAGAGGGGGUGGAGGAGCCUGCUCAUGCUCAGCAGGGAGGAACUCAAGCACCAGGCAAAAGACUUCUGCAUUAGCGAAGUCUCGGAGUUUGCACGGGGCCAGGAGGUGGAGGUGUCCCUAAGGGCUGCCUCCACCAUCUGUCUUUCCCAGGCCAAUAUGCCUGGGGGAUGCGGUGCCCCCUUUCAAAGGUCUCAGCAUCCUCACACUACCUCCUGCCGCCACUUCCACCUGGGCCCCCCGCAGCCACAGCCACUCACCCCCGACUUCCCCCUGGCUCACCCUGUGCAGUCGCAGCCGGGCCUCAGCGCCCACAUGGCCCCGGCCCACCAGCACAGCAGCGCCCUGCACCAGUCGCUGACCCCGCUGCCCACCCUCCAGUUCCAAGAUGUCACAGGUCCCUCCUUCCUACCUCAGGCCCUGCACCAGCAAUACCUCCUGCAACAGCAGCUCCUGGAAGCCCAGCAUCGCAGGCUGGUCUCGCACCCCCGGCGGAGUCAGGAGCGUGUGUCUGUCCACCCCCACCGCCCCCACCCCAGCUUUGACUUCGGCCACCAACUGCAGACACCUCAGCCCAGGUAUUUGGCUGAGGGCACUGACUGGGAUCUCAGUGUGGAUGCCGGCUUGAGUCCUGCCCAGUUCCAGGUGCGGUCCAUCCCUCAGCACUAUCAGCAUUACCUAGCAACCCCGCGAAUGCACCACUUCCCCAGAAACUCCUCCUCCACGCAGAUGGUCAUUCAUGAAAUCCGUAACUACCCUUACCCUCAACUCCACUUCCUGGCUCUCCAGGGAUUGAACCCCAGCAGACACACCUCUGCCGUGCGGGAAAGCUACGAGGAACUGCUGCAGCUUGAGGACAGGCUGGGAAAUGUGACUCGGGGGGCUGUGCAGAACAUCAUUGAGAGGUUCACCUUCCCCCACAAGUACAAGAAGAGAAGACCCCAGGAUGGCAAGGGCAAGAAAGAAGAGGGGGAGGAGUCCGACACAGAUGAGAAAUGCACAAUUUGUCUGUCUAUGCUCGAAGAUGGAGAAGAUGUGAGACGCUUACCUUGUAUGCAUCUCUUCCAUCAACUGUGCGUGGACCAGUGGCUCGCCAUGAGCAAGAAAUGCCCCAUCUGCCGAGUGGACAUUGAGACACAAUUGGGAGCCGACAGCUGA